AUGAAUUUCUUAUCAAAUUUAACCAAGAGUGAUGAUGACGCACAACCACAGAAGGUUCCCGACGCCAAGGACGGCGGCGGGGCCCAAGCCGGCGAGGCCCGCCACAAGCCCACCACGUCCGAUCUAAUACACAGCGCUCAGGUGGUGGCCGGCGCCGCGCAAGCCCACUUCCGCAGCGAGCCGGAGAAGUUCGACAAGGGCGAGGUCGCCGGCGCCGCUGCUGACCUCAUCGACGCCGCCUCUGACUACGCCAAGCUCGACGACAAGCAGGGCAUCGGGAUGUACGUUGACAAGGCGGAGGACUACCUCCGCCACUACAAGGGCGCCGACGCCCCCGCUGCCAAGCCGGAGGCUGCGGGCAGCGAAGGCGCUGAGAAGAAGGCCGACGACGGCGGUCUCAUGAAGAUGGCCGGAGAUUUCUUGAAAAAAUAGGCCAAUUUUUGCUUAUGUUUCAUUUAGUAAUUCUUUCUUAUAAUUUGUUUUUCUCUUUGUCUAUUAUUGUAACUAUUUAUUAUUAUUAUUA